UGGUCGCGACAAUCAGCGAGAUCUCACUUCUCCCUCGAGGAGCGAGAGGGAGGCGAUGAACUCCACCUUGCUCGUGUUGGCUCUUGCGUUUUGCUUCACCGUAGAUGCUGCCAGAUCGCCUGCAGCGCUUGUAAUUUAUAUUGCUACGAUUGUUCUUGCAGUCAUUGCUAUUGAAAUUACUGUUUGUGCUGUUGCGCGCCCGAGGACAGAGCGGGGGUUGGUCUCUUCACCGCCAGUGCCACCAUCAUCGUCAUUGUCUUCAUCCUAUUCAUCCUCAAUCUCUACCUCAUCAGGAACCAAUCCUCAAGUGUUUUUGAGUUCCAGAGGUCCCGACACUUGCAAGGGAUUGGCAGAUUUCCUCUACACCAGACUGAAUGAUGUAGGCAUCCAUGCUGUUAGAGACAAUGAGGACAUUGGAGAAGGGAUCAAGGAUGCAUCGCUUGAAUCCAUCAGGCAAUCCAAGAUAUCAAUACCCAUUAUCUCCAAGAAUUACACAUCCAGUCGGAGUUGUCUCAUGAAAUUGGCACAAAUGGUGGAAUGCAAGGAAGCAAACAAUCAAUUUAUCGUGCCCAUUUUCUAUGAUAUUAGCCCCCCCGAAUUAAAAUGCCAAUGGGGAUUUAUUGGGCAGUGUUUCCAUGAGCAUGAGAAGCAAGGAGUUGACCACACGGACAUUGCUAAAUGGAAGCGGGCUCUUCGAAAGAUUGCAGGGAAGAAGGGGUAUGAUCUGCUGACUGGAAACAAUGGGUAUCAAGGUGCACUCACAGAGGAAGUUGUUGGAUAUAUUCUAGAGUUGUGGAAGAAGAAUGAUUUAUAUUUACCCGACGGUUUAGUGGAGAUUGAACGACCCAUACAGGAGGUUAUGAUAAAGCUUGGUGUCGUCUAUGUCAACAAGAAGGCAACCGGAAUAGAUGGAGAAGGUGUACGUGUGCUUGGGAUAUGUGGCAUGCCAGGGGUUGGAAAGACUACUGUUGCAAAAAUUGUGUACAACAAAAUCCAUCAUCUCUUUCAACGUUGUAGUUUUCUUUCAGAUAUUACAACAACUUUUGAAUCCAGUGGAGUCGAGGGGCUACUAGAGAAGUUAAUCUCAGACCUCCAAAUGAAAAAUUGUGGAGGGCUAAUUACUCAUGACCAAUGUAUUGAAGUCAUGAAAAAAUCAUUUAGUGAAAUGAAAGUUCUCAUUUUACUUGAUGAUGUGCAAGAUUUUGACCACAUCAGGCAUUUAGUUGGGAAAAUAAGUUGGUUUGGCCCAGGAAGCAGGAUUCUCCUGACAAUCAGAAGAAAAGAUGUACUCUGUGAAUAUCGUGGAGUUGCUGAUACAUUUGAGGUCGAACCAAUGAGGUCUUGUCAUGCUCUUCAACUUUUCUGCAAGCAAGCAUUUUGUGAGUAUCCUCCUGAAGAAGAAAAGAAUGAGUAUUACCAUCUGUCUGUGGAUAUCAUUAACAGUUUUGAAGGGCUUCCUUUGUCCCUUCGGGAGACAGCUUCAUACUUAAAUAACUGUGGGUGGGAUAUAGAAAUAUGGCGAGAAACGUCCGAUUUUUCAAGAAAGAAGCUGGAAAGGAAAGUCAAAUUAGCAUUUGAAGCAAGCUAUAACUCUCUAGAUGAAUACACGAGAAAGAUAUUUCUCAAUAUAGCAUGUUUCUACAAUGGGAUGGACUGGAGAAUCCUUACAUGCGAGUGGCAAGCGAAUGGUUAUCAUCCUUUAAGAAGUAUCAAGAUUCUCAUUGACAUGUGUUUGAUCAAAAUAGGUGAAAACAAUAAAUUCUGGAUGCAUAAUCAGCUAAGAAAGUAUGGCAAGGAAAUUGUUGGAAAGCAUAGGAGGUUGUAUAAUCACGUGGAUGCCCUUUCCACACUUAAGGGAAAUGAGAGUGCUACAGAUGCGAAAGCCCUUUGUCUCACGUUUGAUGAGAGACGAAGUGAAUGUUUUAGAUCUGGAUCAUUUGGCCAUUUAUCAAGUGUGAGGUUCUUGAGAUUGGAUGAGGCUACUAUUGAAGGGAGUUCUCAGAAUGUUUUUCCAAAUUAAGGUGGCUUCAGUGGCGAGGGUGCAGACAGAUCUCUGAAGUACUUAGUUUCCAUUUGGCGGAUUUGGUCAUUCUUGAUCUAUCUUGCAGUUUGGUCAAGGGAGAUUCACAAGGAUGGGGACAAGUCCUUGAGAAAGCAAAGAAUUUAAAAGUUUUGAUCCUUAGUGGCUGUCAUCAUCAACAUGCUACUCCAGACUUCCUUACUUCAAAAGUGUUUAGAGAGAUUAGUCCUGUGGUGUUGUCCCCUAUAAUCUCAAAUCAGUUGAUCCAUUGGUAAUGUAAAGAACUUGGAAUUUGCAGAAUUUCUCUACUCCAGACUGAUUGAUGCAGGGAUCAACGUCUUUAGAGACUAUACAGACAUUCUUCCUGGAGAAAAGAUCAACAAUGGAUUGCUUGAAUCCACUGAGCAAUCCAAGAUAUCAAUACCCAUGAUCUCUUUCAAGGGUGCAGUGUCCUUUCAAAUAUUCGAGAAACUGUUGAAUUGAAAGGACUGAUGGGCCUGCAAGAACAGUUAAUUUCAGACCUCCGAAAGCAAGAAUAUAAAUUGCUGAGUACUCCCGAUCAAGAGCGCUACAGAUGUGGAAUCCUUUGUCUCGUGUUUGAUGAGGGACGAAGUGAAUGUUUUAGAUCUGAAGCAUUUGGCCAUCUAUCGAGUGUGAGGUUCUUGAGAUAGGACCAGGCUACUAUUGAAGGGAGUUCUCGGACUGUUCUUUCAAAGUUAAGGUGGCUUCAGUGGCAAGGGUAUAGACGGAUCUGUUAACUACUUAUUUUCCAUUUGGAGAAGUUGGUUAUUCUCGAUCUAUCUUACAGAUUGGUCACUGGAGAUUCACAAGAAUGGGGACAAAUCCUGGAGGAAUUAAAAGUUUUGAUCCUAUGUGGCUGUGCUCACCAGCAUGCAACUCCAGACUUCCGUUCUCUAAUGCCUUUGGAAAUAUUGGUCCUGGAAGGUGGUCUCCUAUUAUCUCAAAUCAGUUGGUCCAUGAGUAAUCUAAAUAAGUUAAGUCUCCUUGAAUCCUGAGCUCUGCAAAUUGGUCAAGCACUUGCCGGAAGAACUACUGUAUAUGACAGCUUUGGAAGAACUUCCAAUUGAUAGAACUUCCAUUAGUAUCAUUCAUUUCCCACAAUCCUCCAUGCAGUGACUUAAGACUCUGAGCUCUUGCCAAUGUGAAAAUUUGGUUCAGAUAUCAGAGUCUAUUGGUCAUUUGAAAUCUCUUUUGUAUCUUGGACUGGAUGGAGCUGCCAUUGAUGGCCUCCCGGAUUCUAUUGGAUCCCUAAAGAAACUUCAGAAGCUGCUUUUAGGAAAUUGUCGGAAGUUAGCUGAACUUCCUUAUUCCAUUGGGAAUCUUGAGUCGCUGGAAGUCAUGCAUCUAUCAAGUACCACGAUUGCUAGAUGACCCAGGUCCUUCUAGGGUUUGAAAAUUUUGAAAGUACUGAAGGGGGAGAAUACUCACUUAAGGGAAUUCCCCAAAGACAUGGAAGAUCUAAAAAUGCGGGAAGAGAUAGAUCUUUCACAAUGCAAGAAUCUGAAGGGGCCAAUUCACUGUGAUUUCAAAGGACUAUCCUCUUUGAAAAUCUUCAGACUAUCAUCUACCAAGAUUUCUGGCCCACCCUGGAAUGAUGACUGGUUUUCUGACCGCCAAUCCCUUAAAUUCCUCUCAUCUCCUACAGCUAGACUUAAGUGAUUGCGACCAAGUACGAGCUCUGCCAAUACUUCCAUCAGUUUAAGCAGUGUUCGCUGGGGAUCCAAAAAAAUGAGGACAGUCCCAGACUUUUCUUACCUUCCAAACUUGAAAGAGCUGCACUUGGGUGAUGGUACUGAUCUGGAGCUAAAAUCUUUCUCUAAGCCACUGCAAUUUGGAUGGGUAAAAAGUCUCGUGAAUCUUGAAAUCCUGGAAUUGUGCCACUCAAAGUUUACCAGGCUACCUGAAAAUUUUAGCACACUCCGACUGGGAAAACUUAUUUUGCACUGUGCAAACUUGCUUGACUUCCGAGAGCUCCCCCGUUGCUUAUCGAUGUUGUGUCUCCAGUACUGUACGCUUUGAGUUCCACAAUUUUCCAAGAUGAGAUGUCUGUCUGAAUUAGAACUCAAAUAUUGUGACUUGGCUAAGAUCGACGGUCUUGAAGAUUUGAAGCUAUUACAACUUCUGCACAUAUCCCACCGCAAUGUGCAAACACUUGAUGGGCUGGAGAGUAUGCCUGGCCUUAGAAAGCUCACUUUAUUCGACUGCCCUUCACUGACUGAAUUACCAGAUUCAACAAAGUAUAAAUUUGAAAUCGGCAUGUGCAAUCCCAAAGGAGAACAAUGGUCGGCAGUUAUGUUGCUCUCAUCUAUGAUCAUAGUAUCGUGGAAGUCGAUUUAUCAGCGAAGAUCUUGCUGCACAAUGGUCGUUCUGUUAUCUUCAAUAAAAAGUUGGAGGCUUUUUUUGAAGCGUCCCCUCUACCUUUUGUUGCCGUUACCUUCUCUUACUAGACAGCUUCUCUGGGAAACCAGGGGUAAGGCUACGUACAUUGCUCCAUGUAUCCCUUCCCAGCGGACGCGGAUCAACUGUACCUCCCCAUGAUCCAAUCUGCCGGCACCAUGGAAGGAGGUCAUGACAGAUGCCUUCAGAGUUUUCUUUGGCGCCCCUUCAUUCUGCAUGCAAGUGCUGAACUUUUCUUUUGAUGGGGCCGACCUUGUGAGCUUGGAACUUUCCUGUUGGUGGGCCCAACCUUGUGGGCUUGGCCAAGCAAGUUUGUGCUUUUGAACUCUUUUACUAGCUUUUGAUUUUAAUUGCAUAAUUUUUUUAUUCCUCUUCUUUUAGGGAAAACGCAUAGACUGGAAACUGGAACACCGAUUCCAAUAGAAAAAGCUAACAAGAAAAAAUUGUUAUUAGAUAAUAUCAAUACCAAAUUAAGUGCUUCAGAUAGUCUUUCUGUCCGUCAAAACUUACCAAAGGGACGAACUAUGUGCAUAAAUCUCACAGGGACUGCUACAUUUUUGGCAAAAAACAAAUAUUAUACUAGUCUAUGCUCAUCCAUGAUGUGGAAGUGGUUGAUAUUACCAAAACAUUGCGCUACAUAUUCCUUAGACUGUCAUCAAAUCCUUCAUUAAAUUUGGAGAGCACAGUGGAAAGCCUGGCUCAUCAUCCUCUUUCCUUGGGAAUGUCCUCUUCUUCAAAUGCACAACCCGGUAGUUUCUUCUGUGAAUGUUGUGCCUGCACCUCCUUCCAUGUUGACAGUAGAUUGGAUCAUGGGGUAGGACAGCUGAUUCGCGGCCCUCCCUAGGCCCCCAAGAGCGUGGAGCCUUUAGCCCUAGGAUGCAGGAUGCCCUUUUUAGUGCCUUCUCUGACUGUUAUGACCUUGUACUCGAAUGUUCCUCAUACACAGUGCUUAAUUUGCCAGUGCCAUCCGUGUAAAUUCAUAAAGCUUUCGUGGCAUCUUAAUUUCUUUCGUGUGCACUUGUUUUUGUCAUUCAGAAGUAUACCGGCAGGGCUUGGUGGAUACUCAAUGUCAGAAUAAUGAUUGGGCGAGACUACUUGGUGGAGGAGGGGAGAUGGCUGGCUUUUUUGUUUGAAUGGGAGAUUUCGUGGCCUUGAAGUCCAGUGGAUGCAUGUUGAGAAGAUGAGCCGAUGGGACCUGAGUGCGAACGAGUGGAGUAGCCUACGGUAUCUUCCAUUUGGGGCUGACACUUAAAAGAUUGACAGGGGAGUUGCGGUGUCGCUGAGUUUAACUCUUGAUCUGAGUCGAUGUUGGAAACUUAGAAGUAGUGAGAACAAGGCAUUCUUCUGCCUAUGUCAAGUGUAGCAACUAGCGUCAGAUCCGCAAUUGUUGUCUCAUUUUUGGUCUGAUCAAUACUCCAAUCCGUGACUCCAUAUUAUGGAACUUCCAUCAAACACUGCAUUUUUCCAGCUCUCUUAUUUUAAGGCUUGUUAUUAUGCGACA